AUGCCGAAUCUUGAUCAAGUCCAUGCACUCAUUAAGCACUAUGGACCUACAGUUUUUUUCCAUCCAGACGAAGUUUACUUGCCCUCGUCUGUUUCAUGGUUCUUCGUAAAUGGGGCACUUCUGUACAAAGAGGGAAGAGACAAAGGUUUAGACAUUGACUCUAAAGGCUCAAAUUUGCCUGGUGGAGGGAGGAAUGAUGGAAAAUUCUGGCUUGAUUUACCAGACAAUGAUGAAAAUAGUGAUGAUCUCAAGUGUGGCAACCUUGAAAGCGCAGAGUUAUACGUUCACAUAAAACCAGCUUCAGGGGGGACUUUCACCGACAUUGUCAUGUGGAUCUUUUGCCCAUUCAACGGUCCAGCUACGCUUAAAUUAGGGAUACUGAAUUAUUCUUUUAACAGAUUAGGCCAACAUGUUGGCGAUUGGGAGCAUUUUACUCUCCGCCUGAGCAACUUCACUGGAGAACUUUGGAGCGCGUAUUUUUCAGAACACAGUGGUGGUGAAUGGCUAGACGCGAGUGAGUUGGAGUUCAUUGAGGGAAAUAAGCCGAUUGUAUAUUCAUCAAAGAGUGGCCAUGCAAGUUACCCACAUCCGGGGUGCUAUAUUCAGGGUUCUAUGAAACUUGGAAUCGGAGUCAGGAAUGAUUGUGGUAAGAGCAAGUAUGUCGUGGACUCUAGCACCAAGUACCAAAUUAUUGCGGCUGAGUACCUUAGAGACGAAAACUUUACAGAACCACAUUGGUUACAGUAUAUGAGGGAAUGGGGUCCGACUAUUGUUUACAAUUCACGAUCUGAAGUGGAGAAGAUACUCAAACACCUUCCAUUUUUCAUUAGGUUUUCGGUGGAAAAUCUCAUCGAAAUUUUCCCAACUGAACUUUAUGGCGAGGAGGGGCCAACGGGACCAAAGGAGAAGGACAAUUGGGUGGGAGAUGAAAGGUGUUAA